AUGAGAUGCUGGAAACGGCUGCGGGAAGAACUGGACCAACGUAAAAAGACGAAAAAAGCUUUCAGAGCAUGCAAGCUCUCCUGCCUUUUUAUUACAUAUCCGGGUGUUGUGUCGCCGGAGAAGUCGCGGCUCGUCUUCCUGACGGCUGAUCCUCUCCCGGCGGAAUACGUGGCCUACAUUUGUUUGCGGGGCGGAGGAGGAAGAGUGAAGCUCCAAGGAGAAGAGAUAGCGAGGGUGGAUGACAUCACAUACUUGGGGUCAACAAUACAGAGCAAUGGAGAGUAUGGGCCGGACUCCGGCUGCGGCGGUCCACAGGAGCUCACCGCAGCGUCGGGCACCUUCACCAGCCGCCACUACCCCAGUAGCUAUGACAACGGCAGGAGUUGCUCCUGGCACAUUACCGUGGACCCUGACAAGGUGAUUUCUCUGUGGUUUGAAGAGUUUGCCUUGGAGGAUACCAACUUGUGCACUGCAGACUUCAUCACGCUGCGAGAUUCCUCGGGAGUCAUUGGCAAAUAUUGCGGCUACAGCAAACCGUUGCCUCUGGUGUCCCUCACCAACCAGCUGACCGUCUACUUCGACACCAACGACCGAAAAACAGACCAAGGAUUCAAGGCUCGUUACGAAGCCGUGCCUCCGGAGCGCACCUCAGAAAUAGCCGGAGCUGGUGGCCCUCUUCAUGGUGACCGGGGCGAUCUGCUGACCCCUGGCUUUCCCGAGCAGAACUACCCCAAUGGAGCGCUCUACCAGUGGAAAAUCACCGUGCCCGAAGGCGAGAGGGUUCGACUGACAUUCACCUCCUUCGACCUGGUGCCCGAGGUGUGCGGAGACUUUGUGCAAGUUUACGAUGGCGCUUUGUCAUUAGGUAAAUUCUGCGGUGGAGCCUUGCCCAAGCCGGUGGAGUCCAGCACCAACACAAUGAUGGUGCGCUUCAAAUCGGACAGCACCAAAAGAUCCAGAGGGUUCCGGGCCACCUUCACCAAGUCCAGCCUCCCGCCUAUUGUGGUCCCCACCACUAUGAGGCCCACAGCCACAUCCAGACCCAUCACCCAGACAUCACCCACUACCGCAGUUACCGGUGGUCCGGUUAUUCUCAACGGGCGCAAGGGAUCCAUCCAGUCGGAGGGCUUCCCGAAUCCAUAUCCCGCUCACCUGAACGUGUCCUGGAGGAUAAGAGUACCCAAAGGGUUUCUGGUUAAGAUGGACAUCGUCGAAUUGGCCAUCACAGGAGAAACGGGGCAGUGCAAGGACGACAAGCUGGUCGUAUCGGACGCUUAUAGCACGCUAGGCACGCACUGUGGCUACCUCCGUCCUCCAGUUGUGGUGGGCGCCACCGACACUCUGUCUGUCUCCUUCUUGUCUGACGGUCGCCUCACUGACAGAGGCUUCUCUGCCAAGUGGGUGGCCGUGCACCCCGAGGAUAUAGCAGAAAUCCAGGGAUGUGGUUUGUCGUCCAAGGAGGAGAUUGGGGUUAUCAAGUCGCCCGACUGGCCCAAAAACUACAAGGCCAACGCCGAGUGCAUGUGGAACGUGGCGCUGCCGUUCGGCAAGAAAAUCACGCUGACCUUCACUCACUUUCAGCUGGAGCCCAAAAACUUCCUGUUGUCCAAGUGUAACGACAACGUCGUGGUGUACGACAUCAACGGCGUGACCAAUGCCUUGAUUCAGAAGCACGGACCAUUUUGUGGCACCAGGAUCCCUCGGAGCAUCCAGACCAAAGGAAACAGGAUGGUGGUACGCUUCCAUUCAGACUUAUUCCUGGAGGACAAAGGUUUCAGGGCCUACUGGACUACAAAUCCCAGCCUGCCUGCACCGACUGAGCCACCUGUACCACCUAAUCCUUGGGACGGAAUUAAAAUAGACUGGCCCAGCAAAUGCGGUAAACCAGCCAUCCCUCCGAAUAUUAUGUCGCGCAUUGUGAACGGAGAGGCAGCCAGGCCUCACUCGUGGCCCUGGCAAGUGUCCAUGCAGGUGUGGCCGUCCAGUCAACCUGACCCAAUUUUCUUCCAUAUAUGUGGCGGUACGCUUAUUCACAAGAACUGGGUGCUCACAGCAGCUCACUGCUUCAUUAACUACGCCGACGAGCUGUACCGCUGGCAAAUGUGCCUGGGCAAGCACAACCUGACCGUCACAGAGCCCAGCGAGCGCUGCUUGGGCGUGACGGGCAUCUACCGCCACGAGGCCUUCAAGUACCCCACUGUGCCCACCGUGGAGUUCGACAUCGCCCUGGUCAGGCUGGACGGAGAGGCCGAAGUCGCGGACGAGAUCGCUUACGCCUGCCUCCCCUCUCCGGAGGAGGUGCUGCCCGGGGAAAAGAAGUGCUACGCCACCGGAUGGGGGGACGAGACGGGCGAUUCCCUCAAGCCUAAAGUGGCAGACGCUCUAAACCAGGUGGCUUUACCUGUGGUACCGUACAACACGUGCAAGAGGUUGGACUACUGGUGGUUCCAGGUGAAGGCCUCCAUGAUUUGCUGUGGUUACACGCUACCCGACGAGCUCAAGUCCGUCUGUCAGGGAGAUUCCGGCGGUCCUCUGGUGUGCCAGGAUACUCCCGACAGUCCCUGGGAAGUGCACGGAAUCACCAGCUUCGGUCCCAUUGGGUGCAUCAUGAACAAGAAACCCUCGGUGUUCACCCGCUCGUCCGCCUACCUCCCCUGGAUCAGCAACGUCAUACGCAAGGACAUCUACAACCAACACACAUCCGGGUGUGGCGGAGCCAAGAACUUGACGGGCACAGGCGGCACCUUGUCCUCCAUGGGCUUCCCAGCCAGCUACAGCAACAAAGCCCGUUGCCAGUGGAACAUCCACGCACCGGUGGGCAAACUGGUGCACCUUCACUUCAGCAACUUCUCUCUGGAGGAGAGUCAAAUGUGCUUGAGCGACAAAGUCGACAUUUCGGAUGCAACGGGAAGUCUGGGCACUUACUGCAGUCACACGCCACCCAAGGACCUGGUGAGCGACGGGAACUCGCUUCGCAUCAGCUUCUCGUCCAACGACAAGGUGGUGGACUUCGGCUUCGCGGCCACGUGGAAGGCGGUGGACCCUUCGGAAGCUCCUUGUGGAGGAACGUUUAGCAGCCCCCAGGGUGAGCUCACCAGUCCCGACUGGCCCAAAGACUACCCUGCUCAAGCCGUGUGUACGUGGAGGAUCCGGGUCUCCGGUGCCGAAAGCAUCCACGUGGCCUUCACGCACUUUGAGCUGCAGGCCGUCAACGUGCUCGGGAACUGCGUAGACUAUGUGGAGGUCUUCAACGGGGAGAACAUGACGUCGCAAGGUCGCUUCUGCGGCUUUGCCCCACCACCCGAACUGAGCGUGCCGGGCGACACGGUGGUAAUCCGUUUCCUCAGCAACAGCGUCAACCGGCAGCAGGGUUUCCGCGGCUACUGGACCACCGACGCCGACCUCAUCCCGACUCUACCUCCUCCCACGCCCAACCCGUGGGACAACAUCACCAUCAGCUGGCCACAGGACUGCGGGAAUCCGGCAGUGGCCCCCAAUACUGGCACAGCGAAGGUGGUUAAUGGAGAAGAAGCGGUGCCCCACUCCUGGCCCUGGCAAGUCUCCAUGCAGGUCAAGCCGGUCUCUUUCAUCCCUUACAUACACAACUGUGGCGGUUCAUUGAUCCAUGAGGAGUGGAUCCUAACAGCUGCCCACUGUUUCAUGACCCCCUUCAACCAAUCCUCGUACUGGCGCAUGUGCCUAGGGAAGCACCACAUGAACUCCUCCAGGGACGUCCCGUCAGCGGAAGAAUGCUACAAGGUGGACGGCAUCAUCCGUCACGAGGGCUUCGUCUACGAGCAGGACCGCAGCGACAUCACCCAUGACAUCGCCCUGGUGCAUCUGGCCCAACGCGUCAACAUGACACGGGAGAUCAGCCCCGUCUGUCUGCCCCGGUCCGGGGUUGUGGUGGAGGCAGGGACAAGCUGCUUUGUCACCGGCUGGGGGGAUGAGAAAGGGAACUUCAUCUCUCAAGUGUCUGAGAAACUCAACCAAGCAGCUCUUCCUGUGGUGGACUUCAAGACCUGCAGCAAGCCCGCCUACUGGUGGGACAUCCUGCGGCCCAACAUGAUCUGCGCUGGCUACGAGUCCCCGGAUGAGCUCAAGUCAGCGUGCCAGGGCGACUCUGGGGGCCCCUUUACUUGCAAGGCUGGCGGGGCCAACGCCACCUGGGAGGUACACGGCGUGGUCAGUUUCGGACCCCAGGGAUGCAUCAAGGACAAGAAGCCGUCGGUGUUUACGCGCGUUUCUGCCUUUAGCCACUGGAUCCAUGACAACAUCAGGAGGUUCACAUAUGAAAGGGACCACUAAGAUCCUGUGUUACCUUGACUUACAAGUUUAAUUUGUUCUGUGACCAUCUGAUAAGAAAAAUAGCCAGGGACAGUGUUGCACCUACUGUAUAAUAACAUACAGUUAAUCAAAUGUAAUGAAUUUAAACAUUUUUUGCAUCAUGAUUUCAUGCUUCAAAUCAAUGGACAUUGUGCUGCUUGUUUUGAUGUAUGCGCCUUGGCCACCUGGGAGCAAAAUAAUGCGUAGAAAUCCUAAAUAUAAAACACAGAUUUGACGAUGAAACACAAAGAGGACCCUUAUAACAAAAAUUUCAGUACUAAUAGUCGUAUUUCGCUGAACAUAAAGAAUGUUUGCUUGUGAGAAUUCUUGACUAUAUGUGUUGCCACAGUGUUUGAGUUCAAAUAUUAGUGGUUUAAAGGUUUCUAACGAUCUAAUAUCGAUGCUAGUUUUGUUUGCCCAUUAUGCAUGAUGUGUUAGCAUUAAGCUAGCAGACUUUCUUAAAACAAAGUUCUUGCGGUUUAGUUGAAUUUGUAACCUGUUAUUGUCAUUGUUUUUAUUUUCACCGUGAACUUCAACUGGGAAUGGUAAUGUGCAGCUUGAAGUAAGCACACUGUAUGUUACUAUAAAGUACACUAAAGUAUUUUUAGUUACCUUUUAGUAUUCAUUCUACCUUAUGUUUUAUCUACCUUCCAC